CAGGAGCUCAACCAAGGUUUGAACACGACCUUGUGGUACAGGGUGAGCCAUAAAGGUCUUGGAUUCUUUCUACUAAAAUAUCAGACUUGCCUUUUAUAAACCAGCUAUAGACCCACGAAAUUGGUGAUUUUUGAAGCAUGGGGUUGAAUAGAUAUCUCCAUGACUCAAUGGAGAGCAUUUCCAUUGAGGAAUUUCUGUGUAUUCUAUAUUCACGGCUUUAAUGCACCAGGAGACUGUGCAUGUACAAACUACACGAAGCUUGAAUAAUACUUGUAGUUCGGUGUCUUGUGGGUUAUGUAGUAUUGAAGCUACCCCCGGAAGUGGUAACAUAUAUAUCCUCGGCGCGGAAUUCAAUUUGAUCUGAUUAUCGCGCUAUUCUGCUCCUGAAUGUCCCUUGGGCUCACUUCGGUAACUUGGCUAUAUCUAGGUUUUGAGUUCAUAACUAGCUAAAUAAUUUAUCCAAUAUCUCAUUCUUUAUAAUGGCAACACCUCCUAAGAGAAUAUGUUCAAGUCCAAGUUUUGACAACAGUUUUGAGAAAAGAACUAAGAAGAUAUCCAUUGAAGGAAACAUUGCUGCAGGGAAGUCUACACUUGUGCACAUUUUAGAAAAGUCUUCAGAAGAAUGGGAGGUCAUACCGGAGCCCAUUGGGAAGUGGUGCAACGUUCAAAACACUGACAAUGAGUAUGAGGAGCUCAGCACAUCUCAGAAGAGUGGCGGUAACCUGCUGCAGAUGCUGUAUGACAAACCUAGCCGCUGGUCCUACACAUUCCAGAGUUACGCCUGUCUGAGUCGUGUGCGCGCUCAGCUGCAGCCCCUUUCUGCAAAGAUGCAACAGGCAGAGAAACCUGUCCAGUUCUUUGAGCGCUCUGUUUACAGUGACCGGUAUAUAUUUGCCUCCAACCUAUUUGAGUCUGGGGACAUGAAUGAGACUGAAUGGGCCAUUUACCAAGACUGGCACGGUUGGCUGCUCUCUCAGUUUGAGUCUCAAAUCGAGCUGGAUGCCAUGAUCUACCUUCGGGCUGACCCACAGAGAUGUAUGCAGAGGCUGCACCGCCGAGGACGGGAGGAGGAACAAGGAAUUCCAAUUGAAUAUCUGGAGCAGCUGCACUAUAAGCACGAGUGCUGGUUGUACCACCGCAGUACUCAACUUGAUUUUGAGUACCUGAAAGAUAUCCCUAUCCUGGUCCUGGAUGUUAAUGACGACUUCAAGAAUGAUCGAAUUAAGCAGGAAGCUGUGCUGGACAAGGUCAGAGAAUUCCUCAGCAUGCUGUGAGCUAGAAAAGAUACCAAUGUUAGACAGCACCAGCUCACUGGUCUUGUGCUACAGACUGCAUCAUUCCUGACAGUUCAUAUCAACUUCCAUGCCUCCAAGAUUACACUGGUCCUCCAUGCCUUAGAUAAUACUGGCAGAGAAGAUUUGGUAAUUUUCUAACUUUAUGCAAUUCUCAUUUUCCCAUUGGGUGGAGAAAAAUGUGUUCUGUUUUUAAUGACCCUGUUUUUAAUGACUUACAAAAUCAGUUGGGGGGUCCCCCUGUUAGUAAUUUAACCAUGAUUAGAUGGCUGGCUGGUGGUAAAUUAGUCUAAUCUUAAAACUGUUAGCUGACAUUGGCUUAUUGACUGAUUCAGUUACUGACAAUACAGUAAGACAAACUGCUGCACAACACAAUUUAGAAUUUGCUCUGGUAUAUGCUAUUCUAACUCUCAACAGUAAAUUGAAACUCCGACUGAGUCACUAAAAAUAACAUUUGAUCCGCGGGCAUAUUAAAGGGGCCGCCAGUUUUACCCAUCCCUGGUCUGGAGGCUGAAGAUAAGUUGGAACAGGUGUAUUUGUGCUGAGGUAGAACAAAGCUUGCAUACAACAGUAGGACUAGGUGGUUGGACACCUGCCUUACCAACUACACCAGCUCACUGGUCUUCUUGUGUCAUUCAGACUAGAGAUUAACAGGCAUUUGGAAAAUAAAAUGUAUUUGCCUGCUCACAACAGUCGGUAUACUUGAAAAUGUAUGAUUUUUAGGGUUGCCAGAUUUAGGUGGAACUUUAUCUAUUUUAAAUGUAAUGUGUGAAAGGUGCUUGUGUGCUUUAUUUUUAUUAUUUAAUGUAGUCAAUUUACUUUUCUUUUGUAUUUAUAUUGUGACUACAUAAAAGCACAGAUUAAGCCUAGUCCUUGAGAUGGGAGAUUCUCAAUUGAGAAUACUUUUAAGUCCAGAACUAGGCUCAAUCUGUAUUUGGGAAACCGGACCCAGGAGUUUCUGCAGGAUGUUACACUGACUGAAUUCAUGAUUCAGAAAGUUUUGGGACCACCACCAUUGUUCAUUAGGUGUAAGGUCCUCUUGUGGCUGUUUUUAGUCUGAUUGAAUCACCAAACUUUCACUUCACAAGUGUUGUACGUAUUACAAUUUGAGAUUAAAUGGCUCUUUCUUACCCGGCCACAUGAUGUGCAGUACAUCUGUGGCAGGUGGCUGUCGUUUCGUUCAAAAGGGUUUGAUAUUUUUGUGUGUAAUAUGCUUUGAUGAAAUAUACCACUUACAAUUUGUUGUUUGAUGGGAGUUGCAUUAUUUGUUUCUGAAAUAAAUGGUCAAGAAUG